CAUAGACAUACUAUUUUGAUUGUUUGCUUCUCACGAGGCUUUUGCUGCGGUAGCGUUUGCAUGAGCACCACCACCAAAGGAAGCUUUCAGGCUUUAACCCUCAAUAUAAAUACCCCAAAAUGCGAAAUUGAACUUUUAAAACCAGCCCCCACGGCGCCGUUUCAGACUUAGGGUUUCUGCAACUUCACUCUCGCUGUCGCUCUCUCCGUCCUAGCUUAAUAAGGUUUAUAGGUGUUGUUAAGAUUGAGAGGUGAUAGAUUCUCAGGAAUGGAAGAUUUCUCGGAGCAGAGUGGAUUUGAUGACAACCAAAUCGGUUAUGAUGGGGAGGAGGAACAAUUUGAACAGCCGCAAGAGCAGCAAUUCGAUUCCGGGCGUGAGUUUGAGGCGAACCAUAACGUAGAUAGUGAAGGCAAUGAGUUUAGGGAGUCUUCAUUCAGGGCUGAUUCGGCUGCGGGAAAACUAUUUGUAGGAGGCGUUUCAUGGGAGACCACUGAAGAAACCUUUACUAAUUACUUCAGCAAAUAUGGAGAAAUAGCAGAUUCUGUUAUAAUGUUAGACAAACAUACUGGGAGGCCAAGGGGGUUUGGAUUCGUAACAUUUUCUGAUCCAGUGGCUGCUGAUGCAGUUUUGGAGGAAGAACAUGUCAUAGAUGGCAGAGUGGUGGAGGUGAAGAGGACCGUUCCCAGGGAGGAUAUGGGAUUUAAGGGGGGAUCAAAAAGAAAGAAGAUUUUUGUUGGUGGGAUACCAACGUCUUUGAAUGAUGAGGAAUUGGGGGAAUAUUUCUCUACAUUUGGUAGCAUUGUUGAACACCAGAUUAUGGUAGAUCACAAAACUGGGAGGUCUAGAGGAUUUGGAUUUGUCACUUUUGAGAGUGAAGAUGCUCUUGACAAGGUAUUCUCAGAAGGAAAAAUACAUGAACUUGGAGGCAAACAGGUGGAAAUAAAAAGGGCUGAACCUAAAAGGCCUGGUGGUGAUUUUAGUGGUAGUGCUGCAAGGUCGUAUGGUGGCUUAGGUGGCCCUGCAGCUGGAUAUGGUGGAUAUAAUUCUGGAGGUCGUUUCAAUGGAAAAAUGGGCAGGGGCUAUGGUGGACCUGGUGGUUAUGGCGCUGCCUAUGGGAAUUACAACAAUUAUGCUGGAAAUUAUGCUGCGAACUAUGCAGGUUUCUAUGGUGGCUAUGGUGGAUAUGGAUAUGGUUUUGGGUAUGGCGGACCCAUGUAUGGCAAUGCUGGAUAUGGAGCGGGUGGUUAUGGCAUGCCUGGUGGUUAUGGUGCUCCUACUGGUUAUGGUGGUGGUAAAGGGUAUGGAAGUGGUUCUGCUGGUCGGGGUCAAGGUAGGGGUCGGGGGCGCGGUGGUAGUAGUUAUGAUGCUGGUAGAGGAUAUGAUAGGAGUGGUGAUUCUACAACUGGAAGAUAUCAUCCUUAUCAAAAUUGAGGAAAGAUUUUGUUGACUGCAUUCUUAAUCAAUGCCUGCCGACUGUUGGAGCAUAGUGAACUUUCCUCGGGCACUGCAUGAGAGCAUCAACAAAGUUUGCUGUAAUGUGAAAAAGAAUUCUGAUCGUAUUUAUUAAGAUUUGCAGUACUUUGCCUACCUCAACGGUUACUUCGGAAGAGAAGCAAAUGACGACUUAGCAAAGCAUCCAUGUGUCUCCAACAGGAGGUUUUUAGUUCUUUACACAUACUCUGUAGAGAAAAUGAAGUGCAGAUCAACUUUUUGCUAGCCGCUUACAAUUGCUACUCCCUUAUUUAUGACUCACUUUUAAAUCCAGGGAUUUGAAAGAGAUGUGUUUGAUUGAAAUGUCUUAGCAGUUGCUUGUAGUUAUAAACAUCCCUUCUACAAUAGAAACAUAUAGGGUUGGUCUGUUUUAUCUGUUGCCUUUUUUUUCUUUUGGAGCUGAACAGAAAGUUAGAAUAGCAAAGUGUAAAUCAGCAAUUGAGAACUAUAGGCUCAGGAUUUUGGCUACCUAUGAACAAGUCACAAUUGUCAUCUACAUUUUGCUCUCUGACCUGUACGAAAAUGGCAAUGAAAUUUUCCAUAUUUUGAGAGGUGAAUGAUGAA